AUGAAGGUUAACCAGAUGAACAAUUAACUAUUUAUUUACGAAGUGUUUUUAUUUUUAUUUUUAUUUUUUUAUAAUUUAAUUACUCUUGGAAUGGACAAUUAACUGACCUUGGAAAAUGAAGAGAAUAAUAAAUCACCGGAUAGAUUAAAGAUGUUUUCUUUCGUUUGGGUUAUAUGGUUUAAUUGUCACAAAAUUUACAUGUCGCUUUAGUUUGGAUUUGUCCUUGGAUCAGUUUUCCUUUUUGGAACAAAAAAAAAGAUAGAAAAAAAAAGAAUAUUUUAACUGGUUAUUUUCUCCAUGCAAUCGUUGAUCAUAUGAAACAAAAAGUACACAUGUAUAAUCUCCUAUGAAUCUGCCACCUUUAAAGGAGAGAUAAUCCCUCUGGAGAUCAACAUCAUUCACCAUAACCAUAAAAGUCUAUCAUCAUCGUAAUCAACACUAAUUGUAACCACUAGCCUAUUCCACCAUAAGAUUAAGGCAAUUUUGGCAAAAAAAGAGGAACAAACAAACUUCGGAUUAAACAUAUUCUUAACCUGUUGACUGUUCUUGUGUGUAUUGUGAUAAAUAAGCUCCCCUGACCAUGGAUACUUUUCGUGAAGGGCUUAAUACACCUCCAAUGACGAUAACAUUUCAUGAUUAUUUUGAUGAUUCACUUGAUGGUCAUCAGUUUGACAUGUUACAAGCAACACCAACGACCAUUACAAACAUAGAUACAAAUGGACUAAUCGUCGAUCCCGGUGGACAUAACAAUAUAAACAAUCAUCUAAAUUAUGGUAACAUAAAUAAUAUUCAUCUAUUAUCAACCUCUUCCUCUCUAACACCAACAACAUCAUCAACAGCAGCAGCAACAACAACAACAACACUACCAGGUGAUGAAAAUCAUUCUUCCAGUUUAACAUCAAAUUUAGAUUGUUUAACUAGCCGAUAUAAUUUACAUCAAAUUGAUUCUUCCACUGGUCUAAAUGGAUCUAAUUCAUUGAACAAUCAUAAUCUUCUCGGUCAACAAUCAACUGAUUUCCUUAUUGACCAAGAAAAUUCAGGGUAUGUUCACCAUAGUAUCACCGAGGAUCAGAUUACUAUGCACGUUCAUCCAGGAAACUCACCAAUGCCUCGAAAUCCAUCUCAUGCCAUGUUAACAAUAGAGACACGUAAUGAGAAUACAAAAAGAAAAGAGUACAAAGUAUUUCGUUGUGAAUUCAAUGGUUGCCGACGAACCUAUUCCACCGCGGGUAACCUUAAAACCCACCAUAAAACUCACACAGGUGAAUUAACCUUCGUCUGUAAUCAGGAGAGUUGUGGUAAAGCAUUUUUAACAUCAUACAGUUUACGAAUUCACACUCGAGUUCAUACAAAGGAGAAACCCUUUGAAUGUGAAAUCAAUGGAUGUGAGAAAGCGUUUAAUACACUUUACCGUUUAAAAGCACAUAAACGUUUACACACUGGUAAUACUUUUAAUUGUUCGAGUGAUGGUUGUGGCAAAUUUUUCACCACUCUAAGUGAUUUAAGGAAACACUGGAGGACCCAUACGGGAGAAAGACCUUACAAAUGUAAUCAACAGGGUUGUGGUAAAUCAUUUUCCGCUUCUCAUCACCUUAAAACCCAUAUUCGUACACACACCGGCGAGAAACCCUAUUCAUGUGAUCAAGAUGGAUGCCGAAAAUCAUUCACAACCCAAUAUAGUUUAAAAAGUCAUCUUACUCGUCAUCAAUUAAAAAAGUCAAACCAUGGUAAUCAUAAGAGUAACAAUCUCAAUGACAACAACAACAACAAUAAUAAUAAUAGUUUAAAACGUAAACAUGAAUCAGCAUCAUCAAUGGUUAAUCACCUUAAUCAACAAACGGCUACUGUAUUAUCAUCAUCAUUAUCUUCAUCAUCACCUUUAUCAUCAACUACAAAUCCUGCCUCUUGUUCACCUUUAUCAUGUUCAUCUAAUUCAUCUAAUAUUCAGUGUAUUAGAUCAUCAACAAUUAAUAAUAAUAAUAUUGACAAUUUAACGUCUUCCUCAUCAUCUUUACCUGUUGUCAAUAUGUCCGGUGUUGGAUUAACUUCUCAAUCAAAUAGUCAUUUAUUAACUAAUCAUGGAGUCAUCGUGAAUACUAAACUACUGAAUAAUGUUAAUAAUAAUGAUAAUAAUAACGAUAGCACAAUUAAUAACAAUAAUAAUCAUACAAUAAUCAAUAGUGACAAUGACAAUUGCACAAAUUGUAAUAGCAAUAAUAAUGGAUUGUCCAUAGCCAAUGUUAAUACCUUGAAUGUUUCGGUUGAAGAUCAAACAACAUCAACGAUUCUCAAUGGUACUGAUUGUAAUACCUCCGGUUUAAUUGAUAAUGUACCAAUGGAUGGACUUAAUUCUGUUGAUGUUCAAAUGUUUGCCUCUCAUUCAAUAAACGCAAUUCAAUUAAUACCUCAAACCACAGAUAAUUCAACAGGUUACACAUUUUUACCAAUUACAACGGAGACUCCGACAAAUCAAUAUUUACCUGUGGAAAUGUCAACAAUAAUAAAUAUCUCACCUGCACAAAAUUAUGUUACAUCAACGGCAACAUCAACAAAUCAUGAUGUAAACGCUAAUAAUACAAAUAUUAUCAAUAAUGAUCAUCAUAAUGUUCAUACGGACAACAGGGUAAACAAUAACAAUGACAAUUGUCAUAUUGAUGGUGAUCCAUUUGGCUUAAAUUCAACAAAAGAGAUUAAGUUUUCAAAGGAUGAAAAUUUCACUCCGAUUCAUGGCUGUUGUGAUCCACAAAAUAUCAUCUUCGGCGCGGCCGCUCAGGCCGAUAUUUGUAAAUGUGAUCCAAAUCUGUGUCGCAAAAAUGGAACCUGUUGUCCUGGUUGUCCUGGUGAAGAAACAAAUAUUUGUGAAACUCAUUCAAAUACCAACAAUUUACUUACAAUUACUGAAUCAGAAGCCGCAAUUACAAUUCCAAAUGAAACAAUUUCAUCAUCAUCAUCAUGUUCAUCCUUAACUUCAUCAUCAACAACAACAACAAAAUCAUCUGAUCCCACUAGCGGUUCAAAUUUACUAAUUAAUUAUCCAUCUGAAAGUCUAGAGCAUUCAUGUUGUGCUUAGUAAUCCAAUUAAUCUAAUCAAGUUAAUGAUCUAAUCAACAGUUACAUAUAUUAUUAUUAUAAUAUGUUGAUAGGAAAAAGAUACACACUUAAUUUAAUUUUGUUUUCCUUGAUUGUUUUGUUUUGUGUUUUUUUUUCAAAUUUUAUUUCAAAUUGUAAUCAUCAAAAUUGAAACUCGAAUGGUUUAUUGUUAAGUUUAUCUCAUAACAAAUUAGCAAUUAACUUUUUAAUCUGUUAAAAUCUAUUUGAUAAUAUGGAGAAAAUGAUUUUUUUUUCUAUUUUUGUUUUGCUUUUCGUGCGAUUUUUGUUCAGGUCACUUUCUCAUCUUGUAAACAAUCAAUCGUCUUCAUCGUCGUUGUAACUUUUUUUCAAUCGACUGUCAAAAUCUGGUCCAAUGCAAUCAUCGCUUAAUCAUGUGCACUUUAAUCACAAUUAACUACAAUCAUCAAUGUCCAGCUUUGUUCAGCUACGCUCAAAAACCUUGCCUUACAAUUUACGAUUAAUCAACUAAUUGGUUAAUCAAUUAUGUUACAUAUACAAAUAUAUAAUUAUGGAUAUAAAAAACAAAUUCAACCCAAUUUAAAUUGUUGAAGACAAAAAACAAAGAAAUAAUUAAACUAAUCGAUUAGUAAUAUAAUACAAAAUCUAA